CUUUGAAUGGUUAUCAAUAGCAUAUCCUCCAUGUUAUGACUAUAUUUGGACUGCUUUUCUUGAAAAAUGGCUGAUCAAGACCAACCACAAGAGGAAGCUAACGUUGUGAACAUUCAAGAUGCACAAAUCAAUGAACUGUAUGCAGCCAUUGUGAAUCGGCUUCAUGCUCAGGCAGACAUAGUUCAAGUGGGUGACAUUCAGCAAGCUCAUGCAGAGUUUAUUCAUGCAGACAAUGUUCAGAACCUCCAUGUGCACUAUGACAAUAAUGUUCUGCACCCUCCAGCUGCACCACAACCUCAAGUACAAGCUGAUGAAGCUUCUCCCAGGACUAUGCAAGAAGAAAUGCCGUCGACUUCAGAUGAAACUACAAGAGCUCAAAGAAUGAAGGGAUCCACUGAUGCCAAACUUGCCUCAGAUGAUUUUCCUUGUCCGGUCUAUGAAGUGGUGCCUAUACCAUCAAGAAAGCGUAAAAGAAAAGGAAAUGGGAAAAAGGCGAAAAAGGAAAAAAGAAAGCAAUGGAAAAAAUUCAUCAAUUAUUUCAACAAGAGAACCUUUGCGCAAACAAAGGUGAACAUCACAGAAGAUUACAAACAGCUAAACUUAAACGAACCGGACUUUGAAGUAAAUCCCCAACUAAGAGAAGUGCCACUUUUCUACAGAGGAGAAAUGGCCCCCAAGACUAGGCAAUAUAAUAUCGAGACUGGAUUCACUGUUAAAGCAAAUGAAGAAAAAGUUGGAAAACCUAUUUCUCAGAAUGAACUCAUAGAACAAUUAGGCAACAAAAAAUACAGGUAUAUUGCCAUAUUGGGACAGGCAGGGGGCGGGAAAUCAACAAGUAUGAAACGCCUCGCACGAACACUUCAUAUCAUAAACAAAUUAGGAGAAGAAGCCCAAGCCGAUGAAGCAUUGCAGCUGGAACAUCGCUUUGAAUUUAUUCAUCACUUGAACAUCAAAGAUAUCCCCGUUUUGAAAGGAACUACACGAGAUGAAGCCAUCAGUCCAUGUGAACUUCUUUUUGGGAAAGAAGCUUCAGGACUCUCACCACAAGAAUUGAAAGACGGCUAUGAACGGCUGCAACAAAAUCAAUCAAAGUCAAUUCUUUUCCUUGACGGACUUGAUCAAGCAACUUGGAGUCUUCUGGGAAAACACAACAAGAUGAAAUAUACUGAUAAAUCUAGCACAGCAACUGUCAUGUACAAUAUCAUAACAGGCAAUCUCUUUCCUGACAUGACGAUCGUGAUUUCUUCGCGCGAGUUCAGAGUGGCAUCACUCCCAUCAGAAUUGAGGCCGCAAUUCAUAACUGCCCUUGCUGGUCUGGCUCAAAAUGAUAUCAAGCGUUUGUUCAUUGCAAUUAUAGGAGACAGCGGUGAAAAAGCUUGGGAGAAAUUAACAAUGCAGUCGCCCGCACUUAUCCCGUUAUCAUCUGUUCCUCUUUUUCUAAUAUUCAAUGCAAUCGUUUGCAAGGACAACCCAGAUAAUCCACCAGAUACUAUGACUGAGGUAAUGCUGCAAAUCCUCCACAUCUUCAUACGAUCCGCUCAUGCCCGUAAAAAGGAAAAAAUUGAAGAAACACUCCAGAAACUAAUGCAAAUGUCAUUCGAAGGCACAAAAGAAAAUCGAGUCAUUUUCACAAUCAAGGAUCUCGAAAAAGUAAAGCUUAGUCCUCUUGAGGUUCAGGACUUUGUCAUCAAGGUACCUGGGAAAAAUAUGUUCAACCAGCAUCUCAUGGAAGGAGACCAUCUAAUGUUCUUCAGCCAUCAAAUCUUUCAAGAAGUAUUAUCCGCUCUCUAUAUUUCAAGCAUGGAUUCUACUACGUUUCGCACCUUUAUCGAAACUGAGAUUCGAGACGAUCAUUGGGCAGUUGUUCGUCGUUUUCUAAGUGGAAUCAUUCUGAAUCCUGAUAUUGAAAGCAGUCUCAUAACAAAUCUUUCUUCUGGUGCCAGACAAGAUGAUAAAAGAGAGGUUCUAAGAAAAUUUCUCAAAUCUCAAUCAAGUCAAAAAAUGAAAUUGUAUGAAAAGUUGGAGCUGUUUGCGACAUUAUACGAAGCUAAUGACACCGAUCUUAUUCGUUCCUGCAUCAAGGACAUCAAUUUUUCUAACACAUCCUUCACUACAGUCGGAAUGCAUGCAAUGUCAUCGGUUAUGCGACGUUGCAGCCAACUAGAUCAGCUGAAUAAACUAGAAGUCAGUUAUAACGAGAACCUUGGAACGGAUGGUUUUGGUGAACUUGGAUUAGUUGUUACACAAUGCCAGGUAAAGACAUUUGAUGCUGGGAAUUGCAAUCUGACAGCAGAAGAAAUAAAAGCUUUUAAAGAAAACACUGGCAAUGCAAAGCUGAAUAAACUAGAUGUCACUAGAAACAAGAACCUUGGAACCGAUGGUUUUGGUGAACUUGGAUUAGUUGUUACACAAUGCCAGGUAAAGAGAUUUGAUGCUGGUAAAUGCAAUCUGACAGCAGAAGGAAUAAAAGCUUUUAAAGAAAACACUGGAAAUGCAAAGCUAAAGAGUCUGGAUCUGAGUGGGAACAAAGUCAGCAGACUCGGAGAUGAAGGAUUAUCUACAAUCAGGGAAAUUGUUCAUCAAUGUCAGGUUAAAAUAUUGUGGAUGUGGGAAUGCAACUUCAACCCUGAUCAGUUGGAAGGAUUCAAAGAAUCAAUCACUGAUACCGAUGUCGACUUCUUUAACAGCUAG